AUGGAGGAUGUCCUAUCAUGGGCGCCGGACACGCGGGGCAAGUUCAGUGUCCGCAGCGCAUACAAGACCGCUCUCGAGGAGCGGACCAGCACCACCGCGUGCGCCACGAGCAGGGCACCGGACGGCACUCGUGCCGUCUGGAAGGCAGUGUGGGGGUGCCCUGCUCCCCCUAAGCUAUGGACGGCGAUGGCGCGUACAUGGAGUAUGCCCAAGCUGGAGACCGUCGUCAACACUGGGCCGGAGUGGAUCAUCCACCUGCUGGACCAAUGCAAGAACGAGGAGAGACUACCUGUGGUGAUGACACUUUGGCGGAGCUGGUAUGUACGUAAUGAAGUAUACCACCACAAUCCUGCACCACCACUUGAGGCUUCUACCAGAUUCCUGUCCGGCUACAUCAAUACGCUGUUGUACAUUCAGCAAAACCCAUCUGAUGACGUUGCCAAGGGGAAGGGAGUGAUUACCUAUGGUGGCCGCACGUCCGGCAAAGAACGACAUAAAAUACCAAGCACUUGCUCACGUCCUGUUGAGCACUGGAGCAAGCCUCCAUUUGGCUGGGUAAAACUAAACGUGGAUGGUGCAUGGAAGGAACAGGAGGGGACAGGAGGUGCUGGGAUGAUACUUCGUGAUCAUACAGGUGCCGUCAUUUUCGCUUCUUGCCGGUUCAUCCCACGCUGUACGAACGCCCUCGAGGCAGAGAUGGCGGCGCUCAUGGAGGGAGUGACUCUGGCUAUGGAACGGAGCCCGGACAGGUUGAUAGUGGAGACGGACUGCUCGACGGCGGCUCACAUGGUCAGGGACACCGAAACCAACAGGGCUCCAGUGGCGGCCAUGGUUGGGGACAUCAAGCAGAUCCUAGCUGUCCGGCCACAUGAAAUAGGGGUGAUUAAACGAGAGCAGAAUAAAGCUAGCCACGCUCUCGCACAAAUGGGCCGUUUACUGCCCAAAACUGCUGUUUGGCUUCGUUGUGCCCCCGAUGAGGUUGACAUCUUAUGUCAACAGGAUUGUAAUGACUCUGGUUAA